GUUUCUGAGAAGGUAGUGAGUAGAAGUAGGCUUACUAUAGUGGAUUACGCUCACGAUGAGGCCGCUAUGUCUCCCGAAGCUGAGGAAGGAGAAAUCAUGAUCAGUGGUCGAGCACAUGAUGUUGAGAAACUACAAACGGUUCUGUCUGAAUCACAAGUUGAAAAUCCACUGGGCUCUCUUCAGGGCCACACACCCACUAUUCAAACAGUACCUCAUCAAUCAUUAGAGGCAAGUGCUGAUGACGCAAAUGCUUUGAGUUCUGGAGAUGUUAAUAUGGUUCCUGCACGAGAAAAAGAGGAAGACCUACUGGAAAAUUUUCUUCCACCCCCGCCAAAAGCAAAGUGCUCAGAUGAAUUACAACAAAAGAUCAAUAGGUUUCUAGAAAUAAAGAAAACUACUGGAAGAAGCUUUAACGCAGAAGUGCGGAAUAGAAAGGACUAUAGAAAUCCUGAUUUCUUGCGGCAUGCAGUGCAAUAUCAAGGCAUUGAUGAGAUAGGAACCUGCUUCAGUAAAGAUGUAUUCGACCCACAUGGAUACGACAAUUGUGACUUUUAUGAUGAAAUUGAGGCUGAUAUCAGGCGCGGAAUGGAGAGGAAGGAACAAGAAAGGAGGAAUAGUCCAAAAGUUGACUUCAUCUCUGGAGGAACACAGCCUGGGACUAUGGGGAAACCCAAUCUGCCACUCCCAGGUACUGGAUUUAAUGCAGCACCAACAUCCGUUGAUUUUAUAUCCCGGGACAGCCGACACAACAAAAAGUCAAAAUGGGAUAAGGUUGAUGUCGAUCGUAGAGAUACAGUAUCAGCUGUCGGCACACAUGCAGCUUUGCUAUCUGCUGGUAGUGGAUAUGCUGCCUUUGCGCAACAAAAACGGAAAGAAGUAGAAGAGAAGCGAUCCUGUGACAAGAAGUUGGAAAGAAGAUCUUGAUCACAUCUGUGCUGCUGCGAGAAAUAGAUGCAGAACACCACCACCAUGUCAGACGUAUGUAAAUGCUAAUAUGACCUCAUCAAAAGAUCUAAUACCAUAAUUAUUGUGAUUUAUCAGCAUGGAUUGGAAAUAUGGAAUAUAGUAUGAAUGUGGAAAUGUUUUGAUGUCAAACACACAUAUGAUCUUCAUCCUGAACUCAUCUACUUAGGCUUCAUCUGUUUUUUUUGUUACUUUAGCCUUUCUCAGGACAUGUAAUGAGUUCGUAUUACAAACUGGGAUCCCUGUUUUUGGAUUGAAUCUGAA